AUGCAAAUUUAUAGAAAACAAGGUGGAUCUGUUGUUAAAGCGCUUUUGCAAACUGGAGCUUACAGAAUUAGAGGCCUUACACGCAAUGUAAACUCUGACAGAGCCAAAUCAUUAACUGCAGAAGGAGUGGAAAUGGUGCAGGCAAAUCUUUCUGAGAAGGAGGAGGUUAAGCGCGCUUUGCAAAACGCUGAUAUUGUGUUCGCUGUAACCAAUUUUUGGGAUCCCGAGAUCAUCGGGAAGGACGUCACUCUCGAAGUAAAGCAAGGAAAGAUCUUAGCUUAUGCUGCGAAAGAAAAUCAAGUUAGCUGGUUUCUUUGGAGCUCCCUUCCUAAUGUUACAAAGCAGAGCAACGGAAAGUUCCAACACGUUGAUCACUUUUCUGGAAAGAAUGACGUUGAAGAGUACAUCAAAUCGAUCGGCCUACCGGCCACCUUCAUUUAUGUCGCGUGUUACAUGAGUAACUUCGGCCAAAUGUUCCCUCUGGUACCGAAUGGCGAUGGUUCGCAAACUCUAAAAAUUCCGGAAGUCAAAGAAGAUACAUAUUUUGACUUGGUUGACACAGCAACUGAUACUGGAUCUCUAGUACGAUCUGUUUUGGAAAACCGUAACACCUAUCUUGGCAAGAGUAUUCCCGUCGUUGGCGAUCGCAUAACCUUCAAGGAAAUGGCUGAUACUUACAGCAAAGUUACCGGUAUCCCUACGCGGGCAUCUACAAUGACGAAAGAAGAAUUGGAUGGACCCUUCAAUUUCCUUAACAACAGCGAACUUCUCGAUAUGUUGGCAUGGUUCCGUGACUAUGGAUAUUACGGAAAUACAUUUGGUUCGAAUGGAUCAGGUGCUGUAGAAGCUGCUAAGGCAACUGGAUUUCAAGGAACUAAGUUCGAGAACUUCCUUCGCCGUAACAUUAAGCGACCUUGA